AUGAACCGCGGAGGGAGAGGCGAGCGUCGUAGAAGCCGUUCCAGAAGCCCAAGAAGAGGUAAAUUUUUUGUGGAUUUUUUGAUACUUUUCUCUUCGAUAGAUAGAUUCAUUGUGAAACCUUCUAAUGAAAGAACAAAAAAAAACACAACUAGUUCUGUAGUAGUUUUUCUCCGUAUAUUAUGCAGUUUUUGUGAAUAGAAAUAUUAUCUUUAGUAUCGAAGGUGGUUUUGAACUAUCGGAAAUUGAUCGAAGUUCAGUACAUUGUCGUAUAGUUUUUUUUUGUUUGACGCUUUUGGGGAGAAGUUGUGUAAGCUCGGUGAAGUCCAGAAGUCCAGAAGUCUUUGUUUAGACUUAAAUAUUAUUUUCUUUUUGGAAUUUUCAACGUCUUUCUAGGGUUUUUUUUUCUGCUGGAUUUUCUUUUUUGGAGGAAAUAAGAAGAAGUUAAUCAAAGUUUGAGGAGUUUCAUCGUCUUAUUCGAAGAAUUCUGUAUUUUGCAUUUCUACAAAAAGUUUUGACGACUUCUUUUGAACAUUAUCUUCAGACGUCGUAAAUUUUUGAAAUCUUUCGGUUGAAAAUUUUCGUUGUAAUUUUCGAUGGCUAUGGCUCACCUGCAUCUUUUACCUUUUUCCAGCAUUUGGAAUUCGACGCUUCUGAUUUAAGGUCGUCCGAAUGCAUCGUCGCGCAACGAUAGAAUGGUUUACAUAACAAAUAUCGCGUACGAAGUCCGCUGGGUGGAGUUGAAAAACCUGGUCCGCGAGAAGGGAGGCGAGGUUUUGUGUUGUUGGCGGCACUUCGUCACGCGUCCUUCCCCAUGUUCAGGUGGUUUUCGUCGAGUUGCUCGAAGAUAGAAACGGCAAGCCGAAAGGCAACGCCGUAGUCGAGUUCGAGACCCGCGAGGGAGCUCACAAUUGCAUCGAGAAUUUGAACAGAUUUGAGCUCAAAGGUCGCAACAUUAUUGCCAAGGAAAUCCGGGUUUGCAGCUUCUCUCGUCGAGGCCAACGGCUUUUCCUUCUUUUUUGAUAUAGGAUCCGAUUGCGUUCUUCCGCGGGAUUAAAGAAGAGACAGGCAUUGAUUUUCUCGCAAAAACUGGAGGUUCUGGUCGAGGUCAGACGCAGUCCGAGUCGGAGAGACCUGCGCGGUAAGUUUUUUUUUUCGCAGUAUGAAGACCCAUGUUGCCUCGGCGAAGUUUCUGCUUUGUUCAAUCAUUUUUUUUUUCUUUGACGGAGGAUGGGUGAUCAAAGUUUCUUCGCCCUGACAUUGUCCCACCUUUGGCUGUUCCUUCGAAAAUGGUCGUAUUUUGUAAUUUCUCGCUUGUUACUAAGAUAUGUCUGAAAUCUUUUAGUGUGAAAUGAUGCUUUUUAGAGCAAUUGUCUCCCCAUGAUCUUUCUGAAACGAAAAAAUUCAACCUAUUUUUGAAAUCGAGCAGAAAAAUGGUAACUCCUCUCCGAUUUCCUCUUUCGAUAGUUUUGAAGUCGCCAAGAAGAAUAUGGCCGUUUACCUUUGUCUCUCCACUCCACAGCGAUAAACAAGAAGCUAGAAUCUCCACGGAUCUUUUUUGUCUUUUCGUUCGUUUUUGAUAAUUUCAAUUAUCAACCCCUCGAGACUUCUUGUCGAGCUUCCCCGUUAUCGAGUACCUUAAAGGUAGAAAAAAGGAAACUAGAUUUCACCUUGGCUGUAAUCAAUCGAGAAGUUAGCUUGAAUUUCAAAAAAGUUACUCAUUUUCAAUCUACGACAUCAUCCCCCACGCAUUCCGAUCAUCCGAUUUCCAAACAAAUUGUCUUCUCCAGCUCUGGCACAUACGAAUUGUUCGGAUUGAAUGUCGAUUUCCUCCGUCAGCUGCACAUCGAGCCGCCUUUAUGCGAUCGGGUCUUUGUCGCCAAUGUACGUUUGUUGUUCCGAAGCUGUCUCCACGUUUUCCUCGUUCCUCCAGCUGUCAUUCAACGUCGGCACUGAUCGGAUCUAUGAAAUCUUUGGCAUGGCUGGCAAGAUCGUCUGGAUGGAUUUCCGCAUCGACAAGGAGGGUCGCACCAAGGUAGCCAUCGAGCAGUUUUCGACCAAAGCAUCACUCUUUUUGAGUUUUUGAUUAGCAUCUAGUUUACAGGGCGUUUGCGUCAUCCAGUUCUCUCAUCCCAUCGAGGCAGUUCAAGCCGUUUCGAUGUUCAACAAUCAGAAGUUGUACGAUCGGACGAUGGCCGUAAAAAUGGAUAGAUUCGAAAAGGUUUUCUUUCUGAAAAUCCGUAGAUUUUAGCAAUUCUUUUCUUUCAGUUCCAGGCCGAUAGUGAAAACAAGGAAGGAGGUCUCCCGAAAGGCCUCGAGUCGAUGGGAAUGGGCCUCGGAGCCAACGGAGCUCCCCUUGCCAAUGUCGCCGCCGUUUUCGGUGCAUCUACGACUCCAACUCGAGAGGCGCAGUCCUUGGUCCGUUAAGUGAUAAUCUUUUUGCUAGAAAUGAAAAAGUAGGAAAAACUGACUAGUUGUAGGGAAGUCCUCCAAAGGGUUUUGUAGAAUUUUAUUUUAAUAUCUUUUUCUUUCAGUUUUCAACUUUUUCAAGAUUUUAUCCAAAUUAUGUAUUUGAAUUUCAAAAUCAAAAAAAUCGAUAAGAUAAAUGUUUUUCCUUUGCGACUUGUUAGAAAACGAAUUGUAAUUAAGACUUUUAGUGAUUUUUUUUAAUGCUUAUUCGAUACUUUUUUGAAAAAGAUCAUACGAGUAGAAAGCUAGAUUUUCGUUACAUUUUUCCAAUUGGUUUUUUUUCCAGUACGGCGGCGGUAUCGGAGGUGGCAUAGGCAGCAGUCUGGCUGCGGGAAUGGCUGUUGGAGGCGCCCAGUCGGCGGCCGUUCCCAACUCCUUCAUGAACCAGAGCGGGAUGGGCGUCGGCGGAUACGACAGCUUCUCGAGGAAUGUAGGAAUAGGCAACGGCGCCCCAUCGGUCGGCAGCUACAACUCGCAGUCUUUCGGUGGCCAGUCUUCCUACGACUAUGGCAAGAGUGAGCUCCCGAGCAUGAAGUCUUCAUCCUCAUCGUUUUUAGAAGAGCCCUUCUCCCAGAACCAACAGUCUUAUGCGUCUAGCCGCGUCAUUAUUAUUCGAAAUGUAGGCUUUUUUGGGAGUUUCCCGUAGCCACAAGAAAUCAAAAUCAAAUUUAUUUUCUGGUCAAGAAAAACUCUUUAAAAAAAAUCAAAAAACCUUUUAUUCAGUUUUUUUGAUAAGUAUUUAGUUCAUCAGUUGGGGGGUUAUUUUUGCAAAGUUUUCAUUUCUCAAAGAACUUAAGAAGAAAAAACAUUUUUUUUGUAUUGAAAGCGGAGAGUUUGAUAUCCGUCGCGCGUGAGGUUAUAAUGUCCUCAAAUCAAUGAUUUUUUGUGUUAAACUGUCGCCAUGCUUGUUUAAUAAUGUUUGAAAAAAAAGCUGGAUAAUUUCGAGUCAAUUUCAGAUUAAACAAAUUUCAAUGUUUUUUAAAGCUUUGACAGAUCAUUCAGUCUGAAAAUCGAAGAAAAGCUUAGCGUUGCCAAAAAGUAUAGUUUAUGAACCAAGUAAAAUAGCUUAUCCGGAUGCGGUUUAGGUGACGCUAAAAAAAAGUUAGGAAAAUGUUCUAUUUUCCAGCUGCCUCCCGAUUACACGUGGCAAAUCGUGCGUGACCGCGUCCGUCAGUUUGCCGAAGUCGAAACGGUUGAUAUUGUGAGCCCUGGAGUGGCCCGACUUCGUUUUGCUACCAUUCAAGUGAGUUUCUCGUCGGAAUUCAACCCAAAAUAAUCAUUGAAAUUCUAUUAGUUAAUCUUAUUUCUUCUCUCAGGACGCCGAAAGGGCUCGCGCUGCUCUCAUUGGCACAAGCGUUGAGGGCCGCAUCAUUGCCGUCGAAUACGUAUAAUUCUAACAAACGAUUUUUCCAAUUUUUGAAUUCUCGUUCUUAUUUAUUUCAUUACAUGUUGUUCCAGUUGUUGUCUUGUUCCUCUGUUUUUUCCUUCCAAUGAUCUGAUAAAUGAACUUUAAGUUUAGAUUUGUUCCUUAUUUCAAUCUGAAGUGGUUACGCGCCAAAUUUAAAAGAACAUGAUUCACAGCUAAGAUGAAAAAAAAAUGAUUGUGAUUAGGAAAGCUUCCAUAAGUUCUCUUGUACCCAACCAAAAGGUAAACUGAAUAUUUUUUUGCAGUUUUUGAAGUUAUAGAUUAUUUCGUGCCAGGCUGUCACUAUUUUUAUAUAUUUCCGAGCUACAGAAUCCUUCCGGAACGCGCAGCCUGCCUCUAUCUAUGCGCCUUUAAUAUAACGAAAAUUUUCGGCUUUAUAAAGGGCGCAGAGGCAGACCGAGCGAAGAAAUCGCACAAGUUUUUCUAAGCCAAAAUUAUGUUGGGGGGUUUAAUUUCAGUGUCCAUUCGUUUCCUUUUUUUGAGCGAACUGUGGCUUGUUUUUUUGGACGAAAUUUUUCGAAGAAGCUCUAGUCAAAUUUUUCUCUUCUUUGUCCUCGAGCCCAAACAGGAAAAAUUAUGAAUGAAUCAGGCAGACAACGACGUCAAAUCGCGACAAAGACGACGUGUCGCGCGACGGACGGCGAGUUGAUGAAAUUUGUCCUGGCGCGGAAAAGCAGUCAUUCAACGGCGGGGCGGCGGCCGCUAAGUGGACAAUUUGGCGCAUCAAACAAUCACAGAUGCCUCAUGAAAUGCCUCUUGUGAGCCACGCAAUCCGAUUUUCUCGGCACCCUCGAUUACCGUAUCUCCCUUCAGAAGCCCAUAAUUGGGUUGCGAACAAGGCGAAGACGUCUUUGUGCGGCCAAGACGACGUCGACGGCACGCGAUUGCCGGUCCUUCACACGACGACGUUCUCCGGCAGUUUGCCUCUUCUCGCGAGGUUUGUCCCGACUCCCUCCGGCUUGCGCUUCGUCUACGGUAGCUGCUUCCUUCUUCUUCUAGGAUCACAGUGUACUGAGCAUUGUUUAGUUGAUCUGAGGAUUCUAGUCGGGAGGUUUUAUCAAAAAGGACUGAAUUUCUGAUCGUAUUGGUACGAAAAUUCAUAUUUUCGUCUGUAAAUUUUCUCUCAAUGAAUCGAUUCCAAAAGGGUCGAAAUUUCAUAUGAAGUUCUAGAAAUAUUUCUUUUAUAGACGUUGCUAAAUAAGAAAAAUUUCUCCUCGAAGAAGCGUAUAUGCGUCAAAAAAAAAAACCGAAAAAGUUUUUUGAAAAAUUUUACCAUUCAGAAAAGCAAUUUUCAAUCUAGUCGGAAGUUUGAUUUCAUUUUGCAAAUCUUACUACGCUCGACAACUUUUUCUGAGGCCAGAGAAGAUCUGUAUUACAAAAAUCAAAAAUAUCUCGCCUGACUCCCUCCGGAUUUCGCCUACUGUAACUGCUUCCUUCUUUUGCCUCCAAGGAUAAUCUCUCAUUGACUGAGGCUUAGGUUAAGUUGGCCUAAAACGUAGUCGUGUUUAUACUUCUUUAAAAAUCCCGCAACUGUCACGAGGUCCUCCAAUUUUGCGACUAAUGUAGAAACAAACAAUUUUAAACUGCACCUCAAUUGUUAGAACAAACGUCUCAGAGUCUGAAAAAUCCGUUAAAAAGUUAGCUUCAAGAUGAGUCUUAAGUCUAAAAAGUUUUUGAAGGAUGACCUUGGGUGAAUUCGAAGACAAAAAAACACUGAAAAGGUUUUUGAGAGCGAGAGUUUUGUCAGAACUACAAAACAAAAAGAAGAAAGUUAUGAUUGUUUGCCAGAGAAAUGUGAAGGGGGGUCUCUAUUUUUCCUGUUUGUAGAGACCCCCAAAUCGGUUUCCUUUUUCCGGUCCUUAGUUUCUUUUUUUUCUUUUGGCUCAAUUGUCGGAUAUCGCUCAUUUUUCUCACGAUGCUUGUAGAGUCUGCCGUUCGCCUUUAUUGCUCAUUUUAUAGGAGUUCAAUCUUUUUUUUUACUUUGGCUCAAAUUCGCCUACAAUUAUUCAGAAGAUGGGUUUUCGCUUAGUUAAAAAAUCUUACAGAACUUUUUUUUGGUAUCUGGUUUGAAAAUGAGGCGAAUUUGCUCCAAAAUAAAAAUUUUUUUAAAUUUUUUUACCUUGGUUACAUUGUACUGUGACCUUAAUGAAUGCGCCGGGAAUUUUUUAUUCGUCUAGAUGCUAGACAAUUUAUGUAAUAAAUCCCCGGAAAAAAAACGGCCGACAUAUAACGACUUGAGUUUGAUGGCAUUGAAAAAAUAGGGACUCACCGCUACGCGACCGCAACGUUCCGAGCCAUUCCGCUUGCCAUUAGGACGUUUUUCCCCGGCUGAAUAAAUAAAUUAUUGAAGAUUUGCUUUGUUUUGCAGAUCCAGCCGGAAAAUGAGCAUGGAGGAACUGUGCGCCAGCGCACUGAUGCACUAUCAGCAGCAUCUUCUGGAUCAUUCUACAUCGCCGACCGACGUCUCCAGUCUCCCCUACAAGAACGUCUUCUUCCCGAUGCCGUCGUUCAUCGACGUCCUCAGUCAGAGCAGUCAGCAGCCCAAGCCGCAGCACUCCUACAUCGGCCUCAUUGCCAUGGCUAUUCUCUCGUCGCCGAAUCAGAAGAUGGUCUUGUCCGAGGUGAUCAUGAAGUCAAAAGUUCGAAAAUGAAAAGAACUUUUCCCCCCGCGUGAUUCAACUGUACUUUCCACUUCCCUGCGCUUCGCAACAGGGUUUACGGAGAAGUUCUUCGAGAAUUCUGGAAAAUUUUGAGAUUUGCUAGAGGUUCUGGAAGUCUCAACCUGCAGGGCUACAUACUAUUUACCGAAGCCUCGAAGUUUGCUUUUCUGAGUCGGCUGUAAUUCGAGUCCUUUUUUGUUGGAAAAGUCUAGGAUCUUAGGACCUAGCUCAUUAGAAGAGUUUUUCGGGUAUCUUCCUAAAAUAAAAGAUUAGUUUUCCCUAGAUAAAAUUCGCGAUAUCUAUUUUUCUAUGCGUGGAACGUAAAUUUCUGAUUAGAAAAAUAAUCGCAAAGUGUUAAUUCUAUAUAUAGUCUUUUUUUUUUUCAAACCUUUGUUGGUAUUUGACCAGAACACUUCUUGAAAAAUCCUGGAAGUCUGCACAAUAUCUUCGUUUUCGACAAAUGAAGACUCGAGGUCUCAAAAAACCUAUUUUAACUUCUUGGAUUUUGAGAUUUUCUUCAUCGGAAACUAGAAAGUUUUGCAGGUUGAGACUAUCAGAAUCAAGAAACUUACUGGUAAUUUUUUUCGAAAUUCUCAACUGCAACGUAAAAUGACUUUGUAAGUGGGAAAAGACGUGAAAUAACAUAAAAAAAAGGCUUUUAGCUCGAGAAAUUUAAAUUUCAGAGUCUAAAAUCUAAAAUUGAGACUAUGCUCUUCAUAAUACCCAAAACUUUCAUUUUUUUUUCUUUGAAAUAAUUUACUUUUAUCAAUAUUUUCUAAUGAGCCUCGAUUCACAGGUUUACGAUUGGAUAAUGAGCAAUUACCCAUACUUCCGGACGCGCGGCGCCGGCUGGAGGAACUCCAUCCGACACAAUCUUUCGCUCAACGACUGCUUCGUUAAGGCCGGAAGGGCCGCCAACGGCAAGGUUGCCCCUUCGAACACUUUGACGGUCCGAAAAACGGGUUCUUCUUUCAAGGGACACUACUGGGCAGUUCAUCCGGCCUGUGUCAAUGACUUUGCUCGUGGCGAUUUUCGUAGACGCCGCGCUCAGAGAAAAGUUUGUUCUUGUUUUUUUCGUUAACCCUAGUAAAAUCUACGAUUUGAAAUGGAAUUAGAUGCUCAGAUUCUGGAGUAGAAUGACCGAAAACAGAAAAAGUUUCUGUUAAGCCAGGAUCCCCCUCAAAAAGGGUUGUUCUCAACUUGCAAUUCAAAAAAAAAAACAAUAACUAGAAGUCCUGUAUUUUUUCAAGUACACUGUUCUACACGCAAUGGAAAGCUCUACAAAAUGGCUUAUUCAUCUCAAACCCCAUUUUUUACUGUCCCUGUCUUUUAAAAAUUUGAAAACUGCUUUAGAAUGGAAAUUUGUUAUUUAUUUUUUUCAUUUUAUUGGAUUGGGAAACAUAAGAGUUGUUAAUUACUUUCCUAAAAAUGUAAAAACAACUACAACAAAAAAAGAGAAACAUUUAUUUGUCUUCAUUGUCUGAUUUUUUCAAAAGUUAUAAUAUUUAAAAAUGAUAUUUUUUUGAUUUUUUUAAGAUAUGCGCUUUCGUUGGAACUUUUCUUAAUGUUUUGGUUAGUAACUAGGCGCCAAAAGACCAAUAAUUUUCAUUCAAAAAACAUUUUUCAGGUUCGACGACACAUGGGACUAGCCGUAAUCGAUGGCCACUCCUCGGAUUCGAGUCCUUCCUGUUCUCCGAGGCCUACAGAAGCCUCUUUGAACUUUUAUUCUCCUUUCACUGAAGUCAAGCCUCUGGAAAGGAAAUUCAAGUCAUUUACCAUCGAUUCCAUCCUUUCCGAGCAAACUUAA